CCAGAGUCUGGGCUUGAUUAUCUGGUGAGGAGAGUAAGACGUGGCCCACAAGGUUGCUUUUAUCAGCGUCAGAUGAGGAGAGAAGUGAGUGAUGAUAAAAGAUAUGGAGCUGCGAUGACAGCUGUUUGACUGCAGGAGGGAGGGAACACAUGUGAAACAUCAAAUGGGAAACACAGAGGAUGCAACACGCUGGAGAAACAGAGCUACACUUCCACAUAUGCCAAGAAUGAGUGAAAUUCCAACAGAGCUUGAGCUUCAGAUAUCAGUUCAGACACCUGCACAGCCGCAGCCUGAGAGGCAGCUUCAGUCUCCACUGCUGUUUUACCCACAACUCUCCAUCCAAGAUCUGCCUGAACUCCAGCAAGAUCAACAAACCCAGCUCCAGUCUGAACUUCAGCUGUCAGAGUCUCAACCUGGGUAUCAGAACCGAGCAGAGUCAGUGUGGUUAACCCGUCGCGUGCUGCUUCUACUCCUUCUUGGGUUCUCUUUAUGUGCUGCCACUCUUGGUGUUAUGUACUACAUGCAUCAAAAUCUUCAAAACAGGAGUAGUAACCCUGCACAAACUGAGACUUCAUGUCUCUCCCCAGCCUGUCAGAGGGCUUCUGUCCAUCUGACCAUGUCUGUUGAUCCCUUCAAGCAGCCUUGUGAUUACUUCUUGUUCACAUGCAGCUCUGACAGACUUUCAGCAGACAGUGGGGGGAGACAGAGAGGUCAGGGCAUCCCUGGACACCCACAGAACCAGAAAGAAAAAAAUGUUUGGCCAGAGCAAGAUAGGGAAAGAGAAGACAGAGGACUGAGAGAGGAGAAAAUACCAGACAGGAAAACCACUCUGCUGCAAUAUCUCAGAGAGAUUUUGGAAUCAAACAGUGGAUCAGAUGGUACAGCGGUGCAAAAAGCCAAAGGAUUCUACCGUUCCUGUUUAGACACCAAAUCCAUAGAGACUGCUGGAGUAGAGCCAUUCCUGUCACUUAUCCAAAAACUUGGAGGCUGGGCUGUAUCAGGUCAGUGGAAUGAGACUGAUUUCAACUCCACCCUGAGCGUGCUGAUGAGGGACUACAGCACCUUUCCAUUCUUCAACCUGUAUGUGGGCAGAGACCCAAAUGACACUAUCCAUGGGACGAUGAAAAGAUACAUACAGAUUGAUCAGCCAGAUCUGUUGAUCCCGAUUGAAUGGAGCAGCAAGACGCACAAGUCCCAAGCUAAAACUCAGACAUUACGUCCUUUCUUGGCAUCCUGUCAGAGGUACUUGGAACUGUUGGGAGCCCGGCCCAGCAGUAUUAUGAGCCAUGUGGGCAUGUUCAUCGCAUUGUCCUCUGAGUUUGCUGUGGCUGCUUCACCUCUCCACUAUCGCCUGUCGAAAGGACAGCUCUAUCAUCGCAUGACCAUCAAACAACUGCAGAGCCAGGCCCCUGCCAUUGAUUGGUUGAGCUGCCUACAGGCUGCUUUUCAUCCUCUGUCACUUACAGAGGAUGAACCUGUCCUACUGCACAACUUACCCUACAUUGUGGACAUGUCCCGCAUCAUCGUCAGAUGGCUGAACAGACAUGAGAUUAGCACCAGCAGCCCACUUCAUACGUACAUGGUCUUCAAUCUGCUGCACACCAUGAUGCCUGCUCUGGACUCCAGAUUUUCUGAAACAGCAAAUAAUUUGUCCAUGUCACUGGGUAACACAGAAGAGGUAGCUCCUCGCUGGAAACAGUGUGUGUUAGAGACUGAGAGAGGAUUUGACUCAGUUCUUAGAGACAUGCUCAGUGAAAGGAUGGCACACAGAGAGGCAGAGGAGAUUAUUCAAAAUAUUUUUUCCUCUUUCAAAUCCAAAUUGCAUGAGCUCAAGUGGACAGAUCAGAAUUCUCUCCAGAGAGUCUUAUCUAAGGUUCACUCUUUACAUCCAAGACUUUGGACUACAAAAGAGAAAUUAAAUGAGACAGAUCUUGACCUGUUAUUUUCUAAGGUUACUGUCACCACAAAUAGCUUCUUCUCUAACUAUAUCCAGCUACUGUCCCUGUGGCAAAAGAGACGGACUCAACUCCUGAGUCAGAGGACUGAGGAGCCUGAUAUACUUUCUGUCACACCAUCCCUCCAGGAUGAUGAGCUCCUCUUUCCAGUGGGAAUGUUUGUCCCUCCGUUUUUUCAUCCAACCUACCCUAGGGCAAUGAAUUAUGGUGUGUUAGGUUUCCUUAUGACCAGAGAUAUCCUCCACAUGCUUCUACCAGACAUUUACUCUCAGAGUGACACGGUGCAUGCUGUGGGGGAAUGUGUUUGGGCUCACUAUCUCGCUGUGGCAGAAAAUGCAGGAAAAGGAGGGGUGUUUUCUCUCUCAGCGCUGCAGCAGCAGGAGGUCUGGGUGCAGUAUUCUGCACUGCAGAUAGCAUUGCAGGCUUAUCAUCAAAGUCUCAAGAAUCAUUCCAGUGACACUUCAAUCUCAGGACUAUCACACACCCGUCUCUUUCUCACAUCCUUUUCUCUGCUCAAGUGUGACUCAGACCCAUACCGUGAAUUUAUGCCUCUGGAGCCCCCCUUCUUGGUUACAGUCAUCUGUGCCACAACUGACUUGUGUCCCACACAGCUACAAUGCACCAGUAAAACCCAGCAACAUUCAUUAAAAAAGUGCUAAACACACCAAUCUGAAGACCACAUGGAUGUUGUUUUUGUCAAAGACACGGUGCACACUGUGGUUGUUCAUUCACUGUUAUAAAGAUGCUUAUAUAUUCAUAAUAAGAGCAUCUGAAAAUGUAAAACUGGGAGAAAAAUGAUCUUUCUGUCUGUAGUUGUUGAUGUUUGUAUUCCUAUAUAUUGUACAAGAUUUUGGAUGCUCACGUUAUUCAAAUAAAAAUGUAAAAAGUU